AUGAAGGACAAUUUUCCUGCCAUAAAGACUGCAUUUGUUACCCCUUCCAGCUCCGCCUCCAACAGGAACGGAACUGUGAUUUAUGAUGUGGUCGCAGCAGUCUUCAUCGCCCAAAUCCACCACAUCGAUUGGGACUUAGGCACGCUCAUCAUGAUCGCUUUGACAUCAGCAGUGCCGAGCACUGGAGGAACUGGGACCCCAGCUACAGGAGCAGUGGCCGUCUUUUUUAUCUUGACUGUGGUGAACGUACCUGCAAAUGAAGCCUGCCUUCUCGUGCACUAUCUCCUAGAACGCUGCAACGCCGUCAUCAACGUCCUGGGCGACUGCAUCGUCGGCGUGGCUCUCAGUGACGUGAGAGUCGAGGAGGAGCUCGGACAGGAGAUGCAAAGCAGAAGCAGUUUCCACGUGUCUCAGUCCGGAGGACGAGCUGACGAGCCGGGCCCCCCGAGAGCCGAGCAGCAGGAGGAGGAGGAGGAGCAGGAGGAGGAGGAUGUGCUGUGAAGUCUUGGU